GCGCGGCGUCCUGCCCUCGCCCUCCCCUUCCGGCUCACUUCCGCCUACCCCGCCCCGGCUGCCAGACCGGAACCGCCGAGCGCUAACCAGAUUCUCUUCGUUGGGGUAGAGACCCGGGCGCCUCCAAGAUGCCGGUGCACAAAGAGCACCCUUGACUUCCCCUGUGAUGACUUCCUUAUUAUCUGUCUCCUCUAUUCACCUGACAGAGCCAGGGCUGGUCUUGCAUGCCAGUAUAUCCACAUGCCUUGCACACAGAAGGCUUACCACUCUUCCCUCAUGGACCCUGACACCAAACUCAUUGGAAACAUGGCACUAUUGCCUAUCAGAAGUCAGUUCAAAGGACCUGCCCCUAGAGAGACAAAAGAUACAGAUAUUGUGGAUGAAGCUAUCUAUUACUUUAAGGCCAAUGUCUUCUUCAAAAACUAUGAAAUUAAGAAUGAAGCUGAUAGGACCUUGAUAUACAUAACUCUCUACAUUUCUGAGUGUCUAAAGAAACUCCAAAAGUGCAAUUCUAAAAGCCAAGGCGAGAAAGAAAUGUAUACACUGGGAAUCACUAAUUUUCCCAUUCCUGGAGAGCCUGGUUUUCCACUUAAUGCCAUUUACGCCAAACCUGCAAACAAACAGGAAGAUGAAGUGAUGAGGGCCUACUUACAACAGUUGAGGCAAGAGACUGGACUGAGACUUUGUGAGAAAGUUUUUGACCCUCAAAAUGAUAAACCCAGCAAGUGGUGGACUUGCUUUGUGAAGAGACAGUUCAUGAACAAGAGUCUUUCAGGACCUGGACAAUAAAGCAACCUCGGGUGGACCCUGGCGCCACGGCCGUGGGCAGCAUUCACAGCAAGAUGUACACAGUUCUUUGCCUUUAUUUCAUAAAGUUUUAUACAGAGGAGAGAAGAGCGUGUGUCGUUACUUGAAGAGCUCUUUAUCAAGAAUUUGGGGUGGGAUGGGUGGGGAAGAAUGAGUUGUUGCCUGGUGAUUUGAAAUGUCUGUAGUAUUAAGCUGGUGCUUAAUAAAUAAUAAUAAAGAAAUUUCUAACAUUUCAUGUCA